AAAGCCAGCUAAAAUGAGAGAUUUUUGGUGUACAGCACCCAGAAGUGAACAGGCUGACCCGGAAGCUGUGCUGUCUGGAGGCGCAUAGAGAACAUCCAGCCUCUUCUCUGCUUUAUUAAAGCCUCUCCUGCGAGGACAAAACACUCUGACAUCGAUAUAAAAGAAAGAUGGCAGAGCCUCGAUUCAAUAAUCCAUAUUUCUGGCCACCACCUCCAUCUAUGCCUGGUCAACUGGAUAACCUGGUUCUUAUCGACAAGAUCAAAGAGCAACUGAUGGCAGAAAAAAUUAGACCUCCGCAUUUGCCUCCCACCACUGUUCCCUCUCAGCAGACUCUGCUGGUGGCCUCUCCACCUUCAGAUGUUGGGCAACAUGUGAUGUCUAUCCCCAAGCUGCAGCAGCUGCCGGGUCUUCAGGCCCACAAUUCCUCUCAGCCUGACAUCGCCCUGCACGCCCGCCCAGCAUCCAGCACCAUCGCAGAGCUGAAUAUAGAUGACAAGUCUACAGUGAAGGCAAAGGGGUUAUGGGAAGAUUGGCAUAUGCGACAAGCAGUGGACCAAGCCUCUAGAGCGAACCAUCGCUCAGGUCUCACGCUGUCAUCCCGCACAGAAAGCCACAACACCUCUGAAGCUCUAACUCCUACAACCCCGACAUCUAGCAGCCAUAACCGCUUGGGCGGCGCACCUUCCUUAAACACCAUUUCCGGCCUGGCCAGCGGUCCUGGCAUGGAGCAUUUGAAAAGUGGAGGUCUAGUGGGGAUGCUGGGACCACAGCCCAAAGCUCCACGGGGCCGCAAGAAGAUUAAAGCAGAAAACAACACAGGCCCAUUGCUGGUGGUGCCCUACCCGCUUCUGGCCUCAGGCCCUGACCAGGCGGUUACCAUCGCCAAAGAGGGAAAAACAUACAGGUGUAAAGUGUGUCCCCUCACUUUCUUAAACAAGUCAGAGAUGCAGAUUCAUUCCAAGUCCCACACGGAGGCCAAGCCCCACAAGUGCCCUCACUGUUCAAAGUCAUUCGCCAACGCCUCAUACCUAGCACAGCACUUACGUAUUCACUUAGGCAUUAAACCCUACCACUGCUCCUAUUGUGAGAACUCCUUCCGCCAGUUAUCACACCUCCAGCAGCACACCAGGAUUCAUACCGGUGACAGACCUUAUAAAUGUGCCCAACCAGGAUGUGAAAAGGCAUUUACACAACUCUCAAACCUACAGUCUCACCAGAGGCAACAUAACAAAGACAAGCCAUACAAGUGUCCGAACUGCUACCGUGCAUACACAGACUCAGCCUCCUUACAGAUCCAUCUCUCCGCACACGCCAUUAAGAACGCUAAAUCGUACUGUUGCAGCAUGUGUGGUCGCGCAUACACCUCAGAGACCUACCUUAUGAAGCACAUGUCCAAACACACCGUGGUGGAGCAUCUGGUCAGCCACCAUUCCCCACAGAGAACAGAAUCUCCCAGCAUCCCCAUACGCAUUUCACUUAUUUGAGCUUCCUCCCUCAUGUUUCUCUUCCAUUACAAGGUAUUUUGUUCACUGCGAUGGUCUUCCGUUAAAAAAAAGAACAUGAUAAGUGUUAAGAGACCUCGGAGGACUUUUGAGUCUGAUAUUGUCUUUGCCCCUUUAGCUCUUAGUGAUAUUAAGCCUACAGGCCACAGACUCAACAACUGCUGUCUGAACUGAAUGGUUCAGUUCAACUCCAGGAUUUUAAUUGAUUAUUCCAAAAACAGAUUGUCACAGUUGUGAUCAUUUUAACAUUUUGUUUCAAAGGUGUGUAAGGGAGACUUCCAAAGAUACUCUUUAAGCACUUUUCAGCCUCGUGGUUUUGGCUCAAAGUCAAACGAAUAUUUUCAGAAUGGGAGCAGCUUCUCGCUUUGGGCAGCUAUGAGAGUUUAAACUUAGUUUUAACAGGAUAUUGUGUUUUAUUUUACUGUGGAUGUGACACUUCUUCCACUUUAAGCUUCUAUUAUUCUUUUAGGUCAUGGUGAGAAAUGAAAGGUUACGUUUUGAAUUCUGUAUGCCGUGGCACAGUUGCGGUAAAGUCAGUUUUGUGGAUUUUAUAAGAACGGUCAUUGCCCGAGUAUUUUGUACUCUCAAAGGUGAAGGAAUUCCAAGAAAUCCCCCACUAACAUAAAAGAGUGUCAAUAAGAUGUGACACUCUCUAAAAUAACUUGUUACUUGCAUCAUAGAUGUUUUACUUGUUUCAGUUUUUGUGACAAGGCCUUUUUUGUGUGCAAUGCAAAUUUCAUCCCUUCCAAUCACAGUAUUUUAAGGAAAAAGUGCCCUUUUUGUCAAUUAAAUGGCAUAAUUGCAUGAUGACAAUGUCCAUUAAAUGGAUUUUUGUCAUGAAGAAGUGUGACACAGGUUCAGUGUUGUUAACUGAAUCACACAUGUAGGGUGUAGCGUGACCUCUGAACUCCGUUAAGUGUUAAUGCCCUUUAUUCUUCCCGACAUAAGCGAUGCAAAAGCACCUUGAGAUGUUAAGUUACACCGAUGGAAAGUGUUCAUGGGUUUUUUUGGAUUAUGAUGUAAUCUAAAAGCAGUGGCCUAUUUUGAAAUGAUUUAUUUGUGAAAUUAGAAUCUUGUAUACCAAAAUAUCAGUAAUCAUGUUUUAAGAAAAUCAAGUGAAAAAAGCUCAUUUUGAAUGUAGUCGUGUUCAUUUUGUUCAUCCAAAACGAAUAACUCUGUAAAUCUGGUAUGUUUAACAGAUUUUUCUUUUUUUUUCUUUUUUUAAAUACAGUAUAUAUAUAUAUAUAUAUUUGCUCUGACAAGCAAACCAGCAUACAAGCUGAUAAAACAUUUUUAACAGUAGUGGGCAGAAGAAUGAAAUGUUCUUACUGAGUUAAAGCACAUGUGGUCUAUUGAAUCGUUCUAGCCAAAUUUGAUCAUCAUACAUGAUCAUACUUGCCGUGUGUGAUUACAACAGGCCACAACACUGCAGCUCUACAACAUUCGUUUAUUUUUGUGGUCAUUUAUACCAGUCAUUUGUUAAGCUUAUUAUUUUUUUUUAAUUCAUGUAUAUUUAGGAAACUUUUUUUGUCUCUAUGUUUGCAGAGGACCAAGCUUUUGCCCUCAAAUUUCCCCAAAAUAUAUAUAAUUGUGAUUAUAUAUAUAUACAGUUUAGCGGAUUUGUUAUGCAGUAAUGGUUUACUGGGUCAAACAGAAUUCUUUUUUUUCAAACAGAAUUUCACAAUUUUAGAUAACAGCAAUUUGAUGAGGAUCUACUUCUUGGUGCUUUCUACAAAACCUCAGCUCAUUGCCGGGAAUAGAUUAUUACAUUACAGUAUAAUCUUGUGGCUUGUUCAGCCCUCAAAUCCACUUUAAAUCAGUAAGAUGUGUACAUUUACUAUAAAAUAUACCCUGUAUUCAUCAUUAAUAGUGCAAAUAGCAAGGUUUAGAUACUGUACUUUGUUCAUUUUUGUAUGUUUAGUAUAUUUCAACUUAUUAAUAUUUGUUUUUCUGUAAGUACUGAUCAUUGUUUUUAUAGGUAUCCUUGUCAUUUAUGUGUACGCCUUAAUUUUAUCAUCGCUGAAAGACCGGUUUCUUUCUCUUUCUCCCUUCAUGUCAGUGUUUUUCAGUAUUUGGUUUUCUUAAGCCUAUUUUCCGCAUGGAACACAAUACUCGUUAUUAAUUAACUGUUAACAUGUAUUACGUAAGACAUUGUUAUGUAUGUUCUGAAAUAAUUCACGUUUUCCUUCGUCUUGCAUUGUGGUUCCAUAUAAUGAUUUUGUUUUAAUACGCACAGACAAGACUGAUAGGUGAAUUAAGAAAAUAUCAAUGUCAAGAACACUUUGUAUCUCUAUCUUGUUUAUUAAAUUCAGACUGUUAUACCUGAGCCUUUGUAUUUUUUUUUUAAGAUGCAUUGGAGUCAAUAUUGAUACAGUUCUGCAGUUACUUUCAAAAUUUGCAAUUGACAGAUUAAAUACCACCACAUUUGUUUCAAGGAAGUUCAUCUUGAAUCCUUUUGUCUUUAGAUCUAAAGCCUUACUUUGAUGGCAAUUGCAUAUGAUGUUGUUAGGUAUUCUUUGUGUUAACUACUUCUUAAUUGCAACAUUUAAGAAACCA